CAACCUGCUACGGUCAUACCGCACGUACUUCAGUGGUAAUCGCAUCCCAAACCGCAGCAAAACAAGGAAUAACCAUGAACCGCUACGCGGUAAGCUCGCUGGUGGGGCAAGGAUCCUUCGGGUGCGUCUACAAGGCGACGCGCAAGGACGACAGCAAGGUGGUGGCCAUCAAAGUGAUCUCCAAGCGCGGAAGAGCCACUAAAGAGCUGAAGAAUUUGCGCAGGGAGUGCGACAUUCAGGCCCGGCUGAAGCAUCCGCACGUCAUCGAGAUGAUCGAGUCCUUUGAGUCAAAGACGGACCUCUUCGUGGUCACUGAGUUCGCGUUGAUGGAUCUGCACCGCUACCUGUCCUACAAUGGAGCCAUGGGCGAGGAGCCGGCACGCCGGGUGACCGGGCAUCUGGUGUCCGCUCUGUACUACCUGCAUUCAAACCGCAUUCUCCACCGGGAUCUCAAACCACAAAACGUCCUGCUUGACAAGAACAUGCACGCAAAACUUUGCGACUUUGGACUGGCCCGCAACAUGACCCUGGGCACCCACGUGCUCACCUCAAUCAAGGGAACGCCCCUCUACAUGGCCCCGGAGCUGCUGGCGGAGCAGCCGUACGACCACCAUGCGGACAUGUGGUCACUGGGCUGCAUAGCCUACGAAAGCAUGGCCGGUCAGCCGCCCUUCUGCGCCAGCUCCAUCCUGCAUCUGGUGAAGAUGAUCAAGCACGAGGACGUCAAGUGGCCCAGCACGCUGACUAGCGAGUGCCGCUCCUUCCUACAGGGCCUGCUUGAGAAGGACCCCGGUCUGCGCAUAUCCUGGACGCAGCUGUUGUGUCACCCCUUCGUUGAGGGACGCAUCUUUAUCGCAGAAACGCAGGCAGAGGCGGCCAAGGAAUCGCCUUUCACAAAUCCCGAAGCCAAGGUCAAGUCGUCAAAGAAGUCCGAUCCGGAGGUAGGCGAUCUGGACGAGGCCCUGGCCGCUUUAAACUUUGGCGAUCCGCGACAGGAAAACUUGACUACCUCCCGCGACAGCAUAAACGCCAUUGCUCCCAGCGACGUUGAGCAUCUUGAGACCGAUGUGGAGGACAAUAUGCAACGUGUGGUCGUUCCGUUCGCGGAUUUGUCCUACAGGGAUCUGUCCGGGGUUCGAGCAAUGCCGGUGGUACACCAGCCGGUGAUCAACUCGCACACUUGCUUCGUCAGUGGCAACUCCAACAUGAUCCUCAACCAUAUGAACGACAACUUCGACUUUCAGGCUCCCUUGCGGGGCGGAGGCGUGGCCGCUAAGCCAAUAGUCUCUCCAACCGUACGCCAGUCGCGCAGCAAGGAUCUAGAGAAGCGUAAGCUUAGUCAAAAUCUGGACAACUUCUCUGUUCGCUUGGGUCACAGCGUCGACCAUGAGGCGCAACGCAAGGCCACGGAGAUUGCUACACAGGAAAAGCAUAACCACGAAAAUAAGCCUCCCGCUGAAGCCAUUUCCUACGCAAGUUCUCAGCACCCGCAGCAGCAGCCACAACAACUUAAGCACUCAAUGCAUUCCACCAAUGAGGAAAAGCUGAGCAGCGACAACACUCCGCCGUGCCUGCUCCCGGGGUGGGAUAGCUGCGAUGAAUCCCAAAGUCCGCCCAUCGAAAACGACGAGUGGCUAGCCUUCUUGAACAGAUCGGUGCAGGAGCUGCUUGACGGCGAACUAGACUCAUUGAAACAGCACAACCUGGUGAGCAUUAUUGUGGCACCGCUGCGCAACUCCAAGGCCAUUCCACGGGUGCUCAAGAGUGUGGCCCAGCUGCUGUCGUUGCCCUUUGUGCUGGUGGAUCCUGUUUUGAUGGUUGAUCUCGAGCUCAUCCGCAACGUGUACGUGGACGUAAAACUGGUGCCCAAUCUUAUGUAUGCCUGCAAGCUGCUUCUCUCUCACAAGCAACUCUCGGACUCGGCCGCCUCCGCCCCACUCACCAUGGGUUCGCUCAGUCGAACGUUGCGUAGCAUCCCGGAGCUAACUGUCGAGGAGCUGGAGACGGCUUGCAGUCUGUACGAACUAGUCUGCCACUUGGUACACCUGCAGCAGCAGUUCCUCACGCAGUUCUGCGAUGCGGUAGCCAUUCUGGCAGUAAGCGAUCUGUUCCUCAACUUUCUCACACACGACUUCAGGCAAUCGGAUUCGGAUGCCGCCUCUGUUCGCCUGGCUGGCUGCAUGUUGGCCCUGAUGGGCUGUGUACUGCGCGAGCUGCCCGAAAACGCGGAGCUGGUAGAGCGGAUUGUCUUUAAUCCGCGGCUAAACUUCGCCUCGCUCCUGCAGAGCCGACACCACCUGUUGCGGCAACGUUCCUGCCAGCUUUUGCGCCUGCUGGCCCGCUUCAGCCUGCGCGGCGUGCAGCGCAUCUGGAAUGGAGAGCUGCGAUUUGCGCUGCAGCAACUCUCUGAGCACCACUCGUACCCGGCACUCCGUGGGGAGGCCGCCCAGACCCUCGACGAGAUCAGCCACUUCACUUUUUUCGUUACCUAGCCGGCACUUUCUUUUAUUGGCCUCAGGCGUCUCUAUCCGAGCAGAUCCUGAAUGUUGCCCUGGAAGUAGUCGAGCAGUUCGUCGAUGUAGUUCCCGAAGCGGUCGAAGUUGAGCAGGUAGUCCUCGCUGCAGUCCUGUUCGUACAUCUCGUUCAGCUUGGACACAUCCUUGUCGGAGAGGCCGCGUCUCUGGCCCAGCGAGGCGUACGGAUCCUGGAAGAAAAGGACAGGAGUCAGAGAGUGUAGGGGAUGCAAGCUCCCCCAAGUCAUUACAAACUUCUCAUCGCUUUAACUAAAACUGCUAAGGCAUAGUCAACCAUUCAGCUAAAGCAUUCUCUUUCGAUAUACAUCCAAUUGGACAAGGAAGCAAAAUGCUUCGUCUACUCCUAGCAUAGUUGUUCGUCAUUGGACCAUGUGUUAAUAUAGGAAUUCCUAAUCUGAAUCACUAUUACUAUCGAAUUUAAAUAUUUUAUGAGCCAUGAUUUUUGGCAUUCCUAAUGGAAUCUAAGAUAAUUGAUAGGUGUUUUUGAAUGCACAUAUUCAAGUGUGGUGUGUGCAAAUUUGAUGAUAGCAUAAUAGUUUGUAUCUCGAAAUAUAACCAUUUAAGUGUAGCAAUUGUUAAGAUAAGCGAAUUCACUGUAUGUCCAUACAAUAGUCCAUUAAUUCGCUGUAUUACUAUUGAAUGUUAAACUGAA